AUGUAUAUUGGCCCUUGGUAAGAAUUCAAGCUUGCUAAGAUUUUGCAAAUCAAAGAUAAAAUCGAGAAAGAAGAACAUGAGGCAAAUAGACUAUAGGAGCCUUAGGGAAAGUCUCCUCAAAAGGGAAAAGCAUACAGCACUGGCGCAAGAAUAAAUUCUGAUCAUAAUAAUGUUUAUGAAAAUCAGGUAUUUAAGUCAAACAGUAAUUAAAGAGCUGAUUCUAGAUAAAACACCAAAAGAUAAUAAGCUGCAAGUGACUAUCAGUAUAAAUUUAAGAUGGAUCCCUAGUUUGCUCCAGCACCAAAGCCAGUACCAGUACUAAAAGGGAGCUAUUCAGAUCCAAAAGGAAAGAAUGGAAAAGCAUUAUCAGUUAAUAGGAAUGCAAACUCCCUUUUACAGCAGAAAACGCUUGACUCUAACAGCAAUGAUUUUAUGAAAAGAGGUAGUCCUCCUACUUCAAAUUAUAGUUAUGCUAUUUCAGGUGCUCACAGUACUUAGUACACACAAGGUGCUGUUUUAGUAAAGCAAGUUGAAAGCUUUCACAAAGGUCCUUAAUCUUUGAAUUCAAAGGGCAGUUACUUAUCUACAACAUAAUCAGCUUCAAACAAAGCAUCUUUGUCAGAAUAUCGGGCACAAUUAAGGAAUAGAAAUAAUUAAAACAAUCAACUUCCUAUUGAAGUUCAUUACGAGCAGUGGAACAGAUUUGAGAACUUCUUAAAAUUUGCUAGUAAGAAAGAAAUCAAAGAUAGAAUGAAAGAGCUAGAUCCUCCUCCUUUGGAAAACUACAUUGACCCAGAUGUUAUUGAUAAAAUAAGAGCUGCAAACAAGCCUCCUCCUGUUCAAAGAAAAAGUAUUUUAAAAGGGGACAAAGGACAGGUAUCUGCGAAAGAAGAAAAUCGAAUAAGAAUCGAAAAGAUGAAGUAGCUCUAUGGAUUGUAUAAGUAAUUCCAAGAAGAGGAGUAGAAAUAGGAUAGCCAAGCUAAUAGUAGUUCUACACUGUAUGGUGGAACUUAAGAAGCCUUGUAACAAAAUAUGGAGAAAGAGGUUAAAAGUAAUAACUUUAUUCUGCCAGAGGUGUAGAACACACCAAAGCAAUCUGAAGAUUAAUAGUUGAAGAAAUAUUUAGUGCUUUAAUAAACCCAAUAACACAAUCAACCAGCAGUUAAACUACCUGAAUUACCUAAAAAUAAAAUAGAAAUCCAGAAUAAUAGCUAAGCAUAAAAUACAGCUAACUAAAAACCUUCUCUAUAUAACUUCUAUCAAAAGAUAAUCGAUAGGAGCAAUCCUACCCAGCUUGCUGAAAAAGAGGAGAAGUUCAAGCACCCCAAUUAUUAGGUACAACUACCAGCUUAAAAUAAAUUCAAAAGUUCUUAUGUAGAUCCAAAUUAAGUAUCCAAUCAAAAUAAUUAGCUACAACCUAAUCAGCAAAUUCUUAAUCGUCCAGCUCCUUUAAUAGACUAAGAUGACAUAAGAGAGGACUUAAGCGAGGAAGAGGACAAAGUUAAUAGUAAGGAUGAACUAACCUCAAGCAUAAAAAGAAGAGAUCCACAUGAUAAAUCAUUGCGAAAAAGCUUUGAAGAGAGUGAAGUUGAUGGACUAAUUAAAUGGGCUAAGGAUCUACCAGACGAUCUGGGAAAUUCUCAAACUUCGUUUUUUAAAAAAGGGUUUAUGUGA